UUCCUUAAGCAAAUCUUUUGAUACUCUUGUGAAGAGAGUUGUUCUCAAAAGUAUAAGAAGAAGAAGAUAGAAGAGGUUUUGUUCCUGAUUUAAAAUGGAGAAGGCAAUAUGUGUUGGUGUUUUGGUUGUGUUAUUGUUUUGUGUGGCUUCUGGAGAUUUGCAAGGAGAUGAAACAGAAUGUGCAUCUACUCUACAAGAUCUAACACCUUGUAUUGGAUUUUUGGAAGGGAUGGGGCAACAACCUACAAGCGAUUGUUGUAGCAAUGUUAGGCAAGUUCGAGUUAGCAAUCCAAGGUGUUUGUGUCUUUUGAUAAAGGAUAUAUCUGAUCCUUCUGCAGGGCUUGCUCUUAACCAAACACUCAUUAUUCAAAUGCCCACUCUCUGUCAAGUCAUAGGCAAACUCUCCGACUGCAUAGAUAUUUUGAACUUGUUUCCAUCUUCUCCCGAUGCCAAGAUUUUUAAUAUGGGUAGUGCUCCUUCUCCAUCUCCAUCACCUUCCACUGGAUCGUCCCAUUCAAAAUCCUUGCCCUCUAAACCCAACAAUAAUUGGAGUUAUAGGGUGCAACCAUGCCUUUGGCUUAGUGGAUUUGUAUUGUUGACAAUUUCAUGGUUUACCACAUUCCAUUUGUAGAUAGGAUCAUGAACCAUUUGUUUUUGACUUAAAAAAUUAGUUCCAAUUUUCAUUAACUAUGUAUACCCAAUUAUUAUAUGGAAACUUGUGUAACUUUUGCCAAGAAAUAGCAGUUUGUUAUUCA